AGAAGGAAGAAUCAAAAAAUCGCAUUCGUUCGACAGUCAGCCAUCAGCUAAGUCAGACAGAGAAGAUAGUGGUAUACCGAGUGUCGCCAGUAGCCACGGCAGCAGCACCACCUUUAUUGGAAUUAAAAGAAGUGCAGAGGAAAAAAGUGGAAGUGUCUAAAGGAAUUUAUUUUCAUUGUCUACACCCAGAAGUACUUUCCAAGUUUUGUCCUUUUAUGUGUUGAGUGUUGACUGUGAAUCACGGGUGCGAGUGAAUGUGAUUUAGCGAAGAAAAUAGCUGCCCUCAAGUGCUGAUAAAAGAAGAGAAAAAAAGUUCCCUCUGUAGUGGAAGGAAACAGCAUUAGCGAUCGGCGGAGAAAAAGUGCUCUGGUGUGUGGAAGAUAUUUUUCUUAGCUGCCGAAAUCCGCGCUGAGCCGUCGACGAGAGUGAAAGAGCAGUAAAAGCGGAAAAACGAAAUAAGGAAACAAGUCAACCAGCGAGAAAUACAAAAAAGCCGCAGCAGUUUCGCCCAGCAGUACUAGCGGAAAAGUUCCUCAAAAUGGUUAUCAAAGUGUAUAUCAGUGGAAUGUCUGGAAGUAAGGAGGUAAAAAAGCGCCAGCAGCGGGUCACAAUGAUCCUCGACAGCAAACACAUCACCUACAGCAUAAUCGACAUCACUGAACCUGGUCAGGAAGGCGAAAAGGACUUUAUGCAGAAAAAUUCGGAACACUGUGGGGCCACAAUCAGCGAUCAGAAUCCGAGGCAUCCGCUACCCCCGCAGCUGUUCAACGAUACCGACUAUUGCGGGGAUUAUGACGAUUUCGAUUUGGCUAACGAAAUAGACAAUCUGGAAGUGUUCCUGAAGCUGGAAGCACCUAAACCGGCCGCCACCAGUACCGGCGAGGAGGUGAGCGAAGACCAGCAGCAGAAAAAUGGCACCGGCGACGAGCAGGACGCGAGCCAGGUGACGGCGACGGAGACCGCGGCGGACGACGAUGAGGACAAAGAAAAUAAGACUGAAGAGGGAGCGAAUGAGACUGCGGUCGAAAGCUCCGACACGAACGAUGAUGAUCUUCAGAUGAAUAAUGAAACUGAUGAAGUAUCAACAGUUGCAGAGGAAAUCAACGAAUCUCCUAACAUAGAAGGCAGUGAAAGUUCUAAGACGAAUGAAGUUACCAGUACAAAAUCAACCGAAGAAAAUGUACCACAAUCGAUCGAAGAUAACGAAUCUGCGACAACCGUACAAAAGGAUGAACACGAGCGAAGUGGAUCGUUCGAAGAUGUACCAGAAGCGGAAACAACGACCGAAACAUCUGAUCAUACAGAUGACGGACCAGUGGCCCACGAAGAAGUAUCUUCCGGUAAACCCACAGACGCUUUGGAAGAGAUCGUUUCCAAAGAGCAUUCAUCGAUUCCGGAAGUGAGUACAGAUGCCCAAAACGAUGUUUCAAUUGAUCAAGUGGACACAGACAGAAAAGACGACGGGUCGGUAGUCCAUGAAGAAGUGUCUUCCAGUAACCUCACAGGUUCGGCGGAAGACAUUGUUUCCAAAGAGCAUUCAUCGAUUGUGGAAGCGAGUACAGAUGCCCAAAACGAUGCUUCAAUUGAUCAAGUGGACACAGCCAGACAAGAUGACAGGUCGGUACCUCACGAAGAAGCGUCUUCCAGUAACCUCACAGGUACGUUGGAAGAUAUCGUUUCCAAAGAGCAUUCAGCGAUUGCGGAAUCGAAUAGAGGUAUAGAUGAACGCGUGGAGAGUAUAGUGGCUCUGGAGAAUGAACAUAAACCAAUUGAUCAAGUCGACACAGACAGAGAAGACGACAGGUCGGUACGCCAUAAAGAAGUGUUUCCCAGUAACCUCGGAGAUAUGUUGGAAAACGUCAUUUCAUCGAUUGUGGAAUCAGAUACGGAUACACAAAACGUUGACUCAAUAGAGGAACACGUGGACAGUGUAGUAGCUCUGGAGAACGAGCAGACACUGAUUGAUCAAGUCGAUAUUGACAGAGUAGACGAUGGUGACGAAAAACAAUCAAGCUAUGACGCAGAAGCGUCAGAUGGCUCAUCGAAAAAAUUCGAGGAUGUACAAAGUGCUAAGGAUCCUCCAGAGAUUGAGCCUAGCGAACAAAAGCACUCCGGAGGCGACGACAAAGAUAGCGAGAGAUCCAACAGCGAAGAAGUUGAUUCCGUGAAAGAAGUGAUCAGUCCAGAAUCCACUGGUGUUGAGUAUCCUCUGGUGGAAAACGAAAAUGGAAGUCAUUCCGACGAUUUACUCGAAGAAAGGCUAGAACACGACGCAUUCGGUCUCAAGGUUUGACGGUAUAUUGAUUGAUGUUGUGUCUCGCUGUCGUAUAUCUAUCUAGGCUUUUUCUACGAACUUGAGUCAAUGUAAUGUUUACUAUAUUGUUUUCAUGAAUUCGGUGUGUUUUAAACUUUCUUAAGCGUGUACGAGAAACCGAGUUGAAGUUGUAACAGACACUAGAAUGGGAGAAAACAUUUUCAGUUUUUACUUUGACAUUCUUCGUUUGAUUAGCUGUAAAAUGGUUUCUCGCAUCUAUCUCCUCAGCUCGGUUUCUCGCUUCUCCUUUGACUAAUUCUCUUGAAAGUACCAAUUUCUAACAAAAC